ACUCGGAAGUCGUGUUGGGUACUUGGGUUACAUCAAUAACGAAGCCCGCCGUUUCCAUACCUACGUCGGGAACAGAGUCAACAUAUUUGAGGUCGCACCGAACCAGAGCAGUGGCACCGUGUUUAGUGGUAAAAACAACCCAGCUGUCGAGGCUUCUCGUGGUCUUGCUGUUCGAGAAAUACUUGACAACCAGAAAUGGUUCGCAGGUCCGUCGUUCCUGUGGGCAAGUGAAAUAUCAGCCGUAAAUGAAUGUCCAACACAGCUGAACGAAAGUGACGUAGAAGUGAAGACAAGUAGCAUGUUAUCGUCAUUGAUGUCCAACGCUGCGAGUAUCCUUGGCAAGAAACAACCAACAGAAGCUCUUCCGUAUAUAUUUCCAUGCAAUCUAAAUCUAAAGUAUUUCAAUCGAUUUUCUUCGUGGCAUCAAGCAAAGAGAUGGUUAGCCCAGAUCAAGAGAAGAGUCGCAAGUCUCAAACGACAACAUAAAAGUCAUGAUCAGCAUCCCAUGAAAAGAUCUGUCAGCACAGCAGCGCCUCAGAAAGAAACAGGAACGGCAGUAAUCUCCGUUGAUGAACUGAUCCAAUCAGAUAUUGUUACUCUACGAAGCCUCCAGCAAAGUCAUUAUGCACCAGAGAUUAAAGUACUGCAAAAUCGUUUGGGAAACAAAAGCAGAUUCGAAGAUCGUAAAGAUGCUCGUGAAAGGAACCAUUAG